AUGCGCGGGUUGAGGUUACAAGCUUCUUGGGCUACAGGAGCUCACCCAAGGCCAUUAGCUGCGUCCAACCGAAUCAUUGUGACGGGCUUAUGCUUUGACUCCAGUCCAGCCAUGCACCGUGGUAAUCACGGCUUUUCUAUCCGGUCGUUCUCGGGGUUCGGGACCUCAGUCUACAGUAGCAGAAUACCUCACAUUGAGCGGAAUCGUACGCCCACGUCUAUAUUAUACUCGACAAAUUCUCGGUGCUCAAUCCCUUCAUCAAAGGUCUUCCAACGAAUCCGGCAGUUCUCCUCUACGCAAUGGUGUCUAGAAGCCAAACCACCCGCUCAGCCGACAAAGACUCUGCGCGCAGAGAACAAUAACAAGCAAGACGAAGAUAUCGACGAAGGAUUUGAGUUGUCAGAAAAGGCAGCGCAAGCAGCACAAAUAAAUCUCCGUGCAAAGCUAAACAAGGACGGCGCCAGUGGGAAGAAGUCAGGCUUCUCGGAAGUAUGGAGGCUUCUGCUCAUCGCCCGGCCUGAAGCAAAGAAACUUAGCUUGGCCUUUGUUUGCUUGAUGAUAUCUUCGGCAAUAACAAUGUCUCUUCCCUUUUCUAUUGGCAAAAUUAUCGACGCGUCUACGAAGACAUCCGAAGAUGGUCAGUUUUUGUUCGGACUCAGCCCUACCAUGUUCUACGGUGCUUUGGCCAGCAUUCUCGCGUUUGGUGCCGCUGCAAACUACGGUCGUAUCAUAAUUCUACGAAUAGUGGGAGAACGUAUUGUCGCCAGGACCCGCUCCAAGCUUUUUCGCCAGACUUUCGUACAGGAUGCCGAGUUCUUUGACGCGAAUCGCGUUGGUGAUUUGAUCUCUCGGCUUAGCUCUGACACCAUAAUUGUUGGAAAGAGUAUAACUCAGAACCUCUCAGAUGGACUGCGGGCCGGCGUUAGUGGCGCUGUGGGCUUUGGUAUGAUGGCUUAUGUUAGUCUCAAGCUAUCUAGUAUCCUGGCAUUGCUGCUUCCUCCAAUCGGCCUGGGAGCGAUCUUUUAUGGAAGGGCAAUCAGGAAUCUCAGUCGCAAGAUCCAGAGGAACCUAGGGACCCUGACCAAGAUUGCGGAAGAGCGGUUGGGAAAUGUAAAAACCAGUCAAUCAUUUGCCGGCGAAAUCCUCGAGGUCAACCGAUACAAUACCCAAGUGCGGAAAAUCUUUGAACUCGGAAAGAAGGAAUCGCUGAUAAGUGCAACAUUCUUCAGCUCUACCGGACUUAUGGGAAACUUGACAAUUCUGGCACUGCUGUAUGUGGGAGGUGGCAUGGUCAAGUCUGGCGCUAUCAGCAUUGGAGAAUUAACCUCUUUCCUGAUGUACACGGCUUAUGCGGGCUCUAGCAUGUUCGGAUUGUCUAGCUUCUACUCUGAAUUGAUGAAGGGUGUUGGGGCAGCCAGUCGACUUUUUGAGCUACAAGACCGCCAGCCGACGAUAUCUCCUACCAAGGGCACGAAGGUCGUGAGUGCUCGUGGCCCUAUCCGGUUCGAGAACGUUACAUUCAGUUAUCCGACCAGACCCGCCGUCCCUAUCUUCAAAAACCUUAAUUUUGAGAUUCCGCAAGGCACAAAUGUUGCGAUUGUUGGCCCCUCCGGUGGAGGAAAAUCCACAAUUGCUUCGUUACUACUGCGCUUCUAUAGUCCUAGCGAGGGACGUGUUCUGAUCAAUGGCAGAGACAUCAAGGAGAUGAACGCAAAAUCACUGCGUAGGAAAAUUGGUGUUGUUGCCCAGGAGCCUGUUCUCUUCUCUGGGACAAUUGCUGAAAAUAUCUCUUACGGAAGCCCGCAUUCGACCCGUUCUGAGAUCGUGGCAGCGGCGAGGAAAGCGAACUGUCAAUUCAUCAGCGACUUUCCGGAUGGCCUCGAUACUCAAGUGGGACCACGCGGGGCGCAGCUUUCUGGGGGGCAAAAGCAGCGAAUUGCUAUUGCUCGUGCCCUUAUUAAGGACCCCGAUAUUCUGAUUCUUGACGAAGCAACUUCCGCCCUCGACGCAGAAUCAGAGACAUUAGUCAAUAGUGCUCUUGCUGCACUUCUUCGCGGAAACAACACCACUAUCAGCAUUGCCCACAGACUCUCUACUAUAAAGCGGUCCGACUCGAUUGUUGUCCUCGGUAAUGACGGAACGGUCGCCGAACAAGGAACUUACGAAGAACUAAGCGCACGCCCUGAUGGUGCCUUCACAAAACUCAUGGAAUGGCAGCUAAGUGGUGGUGACUCCAAGCCACCAGUCAGCCCUUCUCUAGAUCCUGAGACGGAAGAAAAGCCUUGGGUAGAACAGCCCGAGGAAUAUGGUGACGCUGAAGCCAACGACAAAGCUGAGCAACAACGAUAA